AUGUCGUCGUGCCGCCGAGGAACUUCGGGCUAUUGCGGUCACCUCGGACUCGACACGUUCAACACCGUCGAGGAUGCAGCCCGCGCGUACGACGUGGCGGCAUGGCGCCUCAACAGGCCUCGUAGGGAGAUGAAUUUCCCCGAGGUGAUGACGAUUGAGUGGGCGCAGAACCUCGCGUCUCGUCUACGGGUUGUGACCGAAGAGGAUCGUCGACGGAACCGAAGGCAGCAGCGCCGCCUCAGCAUUGCUGAGAUGGACGAGCAUGCCAUGGCGGAGUGGCGCCGACAGUUCCCGCAGGACAUCCUCAACGAGCGCGAAUUCUUCGUGCAAAGGAGGGCGAAGAGAGAGAAGAAGAGGGUGGAGCAAGCCGCCUAUCGUGAAGAUAGGCGUACAGGGAAGCAAGCCGCAUUCUUUCAGAUGGAGCUGAAGGAAUCGUCGACUUGGUCCUCUGACGAUGAACGUUGGGUUGACGCCUCCAUCACGAUGGAGAAAUCGGAUACCGGCGCGUCGGAGUCCGAGGACGAUGAGGAGUAG